AUGACUGAAAUACCGAAGGAAAAACGUCUAGAAUUGGCCAUUGAGGCUUUUCAUAAAGGCCAAUUCCCAUCAAAAACGGCCUGUGCAAAAGCCUUUGAUGUGCCUCCAAGGACCCUCAUGACUCGCCUCGAUGGGACUGUCUCUCGCCAACAUACAAUUGCAAAUUGUCGCAAGCUAUCAAAUACUGAAGAAGAAUCCCUUAAAAACUGGAUUCUAGACAUGGAUAAACGUGGUCUACCCCUUCAAGUAUCAAAUGUACGCCAUCUUGCUCAGCUUUUAUUAUCCGCGCGGUCUAAGCCAUCAAAAGACAUCUCUAUCAGCGAGAAAUGGGUCUCCCGAUUUAUUCAACGCCAUCCUGAGCUCAAAUCCAAAUAUACCCGCCAAUAUGACUAUCAGCGUGCCAAAUGUGAAGAUCCGGAGCUUAUAAAAGGCUGGUUUAAUCGUGUUCAAGAGACUAUCCUGAGAUACGGCAUUGCAGAGCAGGAUAUAUACAAUAUGGAUGAAACUGGCUUUCAAAUGGGUGUGGCAUCAACUGCAAAGGUUAUUUGUGGAUCAGAGACAAGAGAUAGCCAUGCCAAAUCUAUCCAGCCUGGAAAUCGCGAGUGGAUUACCAUAAUAAUUGCCAUAAACGCCUCUGGACAUGCUCUACCUCCGCAAAUCAUUAUGGCUGGGAAAAAGCAUCAAUCUCAGUGGUAUUCAGCUAUUCCAAAGGAAUAUAGAAUCAGCUUGAGCGAUAAUGGCUGGACUAAUGAUAUUCUGGGAUUUGAAUGGCUUCAGGAGAUGUUUGAGAAGCAUACUGCUUCUCAGACAGCUGGCAGAUAUCGUCUUUUAAUUCUUGACGGCCAUAGCAGUCAUGCCACUGCUAGUUUUGAUCAAUUCUGCACUGAGAGAAGGAUUAUUCCGUUAUAUAUGUGUCACGGCGCUCUACUAGGAUAA